AUGGACCUAAGGCAGCUGCCAAAAAGUUUGCAAGAGAAAUGUGAACGAGAACUAAAUGAACAGCCCGAAAGAGUGACUUCAGAUGUCCGGGCCGUAAGAGACUGGCUUGAAAAGCAACCACAUUUACAAGGAGUUAAGCCCACUGACCAGUGGCUAGUGUCUUUCCUACGUGGAAGCAAAUCUAGUCUGGAAAGAACAAAAGAAAAGCUGGACUUAAGCUAUACUCUGCGAACUUUAGUGCCUGAAAUAUUCCAGAACAGAGAUCCGUUAGAUCCGAAAAUAAAUGCAAUCUUAGCGAAAGGUUUAUACCUGCCCCUACAAAAAUGUAUCACAGAAGAUGGCUGCCGUCCAAUGUUUGUACGAUUCGAUCUUCGUGAUGGACCCCUAAUACCUGUUGAAGAUCUGAUGAAGGUCGCUUUUAUGAUUGUGGAAAUUUUAAUACGUGACGAUGACAAUUUUAUAAUAUCUGGAGAGGAGGUUAUCGUGGAUUUAAAAAAUAUGGGAAUCGCAGCGCUAAGUCUUUGGACGCCGGCGAUGGCGAAAAAAGUCGUUACGUCCUUUGAGAAGGCUUUGCCUGUUCGCCUAAAGAACAUUCACAUAUUGAAUCCACCACCGGGCCUUGAGACAGUAUUAAAUUUUGUCAAAGCAUUUAUGAGCGAAAAGUUGCAGAGAAGGAUUUUCGUGUACGGGCAGAAUUUGCAGCUAUUUCAUGAGCAGUUUCCUCAAGAAUAUUUACCGAAAGAGUACGGAGGAAGUAACGGCACUCUUCAGGAUCUAACAGAUUACUGGAAAGCUAGAGUGGAAAGCAACCGGGACUGGUUUCUCGCAGAAGAAAAAGCCCGAUCAGACGAGUCUCGCAGACCUGAACAACCAAAAACAACCAGUUCACUAUUUGGUGUGGAGGGCUCUUUUAGAAAACUAGAUGUGGAUUAA